AUGAGACCAAGGCGCUACCGAAGGAGCAGCCCUUCCGCCAUCGCGGAGCAGGAGGGAGCCCCUGCAUCUCCCCGCUCUGGCGGUCUGAGGUCCCCGAACCACCGCCUCCGUAUACCAGGCAGCCGCAAUCGGAGCCCUCUGGGGGUUGGAGUCCUUGAGGGGGCCUUUGUGGGCCUCAGCGGCAGAGCCGGGACUACAGCUCCCACAAUACCCCGCGCUUGCCCCGCCCCAAGCCCCGUCCCUCGCUGGCGGUUUCCCAUCGCCCCAGGCUACAUUUCCAGACAGCCCUGGCGGUUCUCUCCCCCUCCCUCCCGAGACAGCUGGCGAACUGGGCGUCAGCUCGCGGAGGCGUUUGGGUGUCUGCCCGGCGCAGUCCCGCCAGCAGCGGCUCUCCGACCUCUCCAGUCGCGCUGGUGGCAGGAGUUGCAUGGACCACUGUGCUUGGCUGUGGAGUCACGGUGCGCGACACACCCGGUGCAGGCGACCCCUCCCGGGUCAGCCCUCGUCCUGAGCCGCCCCAGGCCCCCAACGGCCGGCGCCCGCACUCCCGCGGUGGCUGCCCCCCACCCUGAACACGGACUCCACCUCCUGCGCCGCUUUCCACCCCGAGGAAUUGUGAAGGGCAGAAUAUUUGAUACAAGACAUGCAGCAGUCAUGACUGCCCUCCAGAUGUGGAGGACUUCAGAGCCCAGCAGUGAGUGUUCAGCCUACAAUGAUGUCCAGGAUGAGGGGCGUUAUCAUGAGUGGCUUCCGCAGUACAACGAUCCUGCUGCCCCCUGUGCGCUGAAGUGUCACGCACGGGGACAAAACUUCAUCGUGGAGCUGGUGCCCGAGGUCCUGGAUGGAGCUUGUGGCAAUGCUGACUCCUUGGACAUGUGUGUCAGCGACAUCUGUCAGGCAGUGGGCUGCGACCCGCGGCUGGGGAGCAAUGCCAAGGAAGACAGCUGUGGUGUCAGUGCUGCUGAUGGCGCCACCUGCAGGCUGGGGCGGGGACACUCACAGUCACAGGCUUCUCCUGAAGAAAGACCAGAAAGCUCCAAGGGGCGCACGGUGAAUGGACACCAGAGUCCCCAGCGCGCUGCUUGGGGGGCGGAGCAGCCGCGGGACCGGAGCGGGGCAUUACUAGUUGGCUCCGGGGAGGCGGCGGCGGGGGUGCAGCGGGGGUGCAGCCGGGGCCAGAGCCCUGGCCGGGGCCUGGCGCCGGGGCAGGCAGGGGAGCGGCGCGCGAAGCCGCGUCUACAUGCGUGGUGCCGCCGGUGCCCGCCGCGCCAUUGUUGGGGCAGGGGGCGGCUGCUGAGCGCGGCGGAGUUGGGGAAUGAGCCGAGGCGGCGGUGA